AUGCGUACCUUUGCUCUCGCCACCAUGGCCGUGGCCGUCCAGGCCACGGCCGUGGCCAACAACCUCGCCACCGUCGACGACAACCGCGCCGUCGAGCUCCCCGGCCUUCUUCGCUUCCCCGUCCAGGGCAACAAGGUCGCCCAGCACCGCAAGGGCGCCGCCGUUCGCCGCCAGGCCACCUCGGACCUGCUGAACCAGCAAUCGGGCACGCAGUACCUCAUCACCCUCAGCAUGGGCACGCCCGGCCAGGAGGUCAAGGUCGAUUUUGACACGGGCUCCAACGAGCUCUGGGUGAACCCGGACUGCAGCACCUCUGGCAACGCCGACAGCGAGAAGUUCUGCAAGAGUCUCGGCCGCUUCGUGCCCAGCAAAUCCACCGUCGACCUCAAGCAGACCGGCGGUGUCACCUACGGCAAGGGCCAGGUCAAGUUUGACUACGUCCAGGACUCUGUCGGCCUCGGCAGCGCCAAGAUUGUCAACCAGACGUUUGGUGCCGCUUCUUCCAGCCAGGACUUGGCGGAAGGCAUCAUGGGCGCCGGCCCGGACCUGCGCGGCUUCGACGCCGCGCCGUACCCGAUGGUGAUUGACUCGCUUGCCCAGCAGGGCAUCAUCAACGCCCGCGCCUUCUCGGUCGACCUGCGCUCCGUCGACAACCCCCGUGGCGCCGUCAUCUUUGGUGGUGCUGACACCAAGAAGUUUAAGGGCGAGCUUAAGAAGUGCCCAAUCAUCGUGCCCGGUCCCGACGGUGCCGUCCGCUAUUGGAUCAACCUGGACGGCCUCACUGUCAACAUGCCCAACGGCCAGACGCAAGAGGCUCUCGCCAAGGGUGCCAGCCUGCCCAUCUUCCCCGACACGGGCGCCACGCUCGGUCACCUGCCCGCCGGCCUGGUCAAUGCCAUCGCGGCCGGCUUCCCCGGUGCCAAGUUUGAUGCCACCUACAACCAGCACACUGUUCCUUGCGCGCUGCGCAAGGAGGACAAGACCAUUGACUUUAAGUUUGGCGAGGCGCUGAUCAAGGUGCCUUUCGGUGACUUCAUCUGGGAGGCCGAUGCCGACUUUUGUCUCCUCGGCGCCGUUCCCAGCCCGGCCAACAGCAAAUCCUGGUCCUUGGGCGAUUCGUUCUUCCGCGCAGCCUACGCCGUCUUUGACCAGGACAACAAGAACGUCUGGCUCGCCCAGAGCGCCGACUGCGGUACGAACCUGGUUGCCUUUGGCAAGGGUGCCAACGCCGUCAAACCUCUGCAGGGUGAGUGUGGCAAGCCUCCUGUGACGAGCUCCUCCACCACGAGCUCUUCCACCACCACGUCCAGCAGCAGCCAGACGUCUUCCAUCCCCACCAGCACUUCCGCCUCUGUGACCUCGUCUAGCAGCAGCCCGACCUCCGGUGUCCCUACCUCCACUUCUUCAGUUCCCACUGGCACUGGCGUCCCUACCUCGUCUAUCCCUACCGGCACCGGUAACCCUACCUCCCCGGUGCCCACUGGUACUGGCGUCCCUACCUCUUCCGUUCCCAGCGGCACCGGCAGCACCAGCAUCCCCUGGACCAACAUGACCACGACCGCCGCCCCCACGUACACGUCCACCUUCCUCACCACCACCACCUACACCAUCACCUCGUGCCCGCCCGUCGUGACCAACUGCCCCGUCGGCCGCGUCACCACCGAGGUCAUCACCUCCUACACCACCUGGUGCCCCGGCGAGCAGACUGCCACCCGUGUGCCUCCUCAGCCUACCGGCCAGCCCCAGUGCCCUGGUCCCGACUGCGGCCAGCCUGGCAAGCCUGAGCAGCCCGGCAAGCCCGAAAACGUCUGCCCCGGUCCCAACUGCAACAACACCGACAAGCCCACCGCCACCGCUCCGUCGGCUCCUGGUGAGAACAAGCCCACAGGCGGUCAUCAGUGCCCCGGUGGUCCCAACUGCCCUCCUCCUCAGCCCACCAGCACCGGCGCCAACAACAACUGCCCGGGACCGAACUGUAACGGCAAGCCCACUGGUCCUGCUGGCGGUAACCAGUGCCCCGGUGGUGCCAACUGCCCUCACCCCACCGGCGGCUUGACCACCGUGUCCAAGCCGUGCGCGACUUGCGGCGGCAGCACUGUCCCUGCCGGCAAGCCUACGACUCCUCCCGUCGUCACUGGCACCGCCGCGGAGAUGUUCCGCGUCUCUGGCGUCGCUGCCAUGGUUGCUGUCAUUGCUGCUCUGAUCCUGUAA